AAUCAUACGUGCUCAGUUGAAGUACGAUUAUAUUCGUUUUUUUCUUCAGAAUCUUAAUCGUAUCGUGUAUCUGGGCUGCUAUCAAAUUCCUCUAUGCAGCAGCACACGCUGGGACCUGAACAGCGCCAAGGUGCCUGAAAAGAGUUAUGGUAAGUAAAUCAGAGGGAAUGGAACGAGAAACUGCAGCGGACAAGAAGCGCCGUAAGACAACUUCUACCAAUUUGUCCGAAGCAUCUGCAUGUUUAAUCAAAGUGAGCAAGGAUGAUGUAUACCUGAAUACGAUUGCUUUUGAAAAGCAGGAAGCGAGUAAUCGUUCGUCUGUGAACGACACGCAUAUUUUCAAUGCCUUAUGCUCCGAACUGAAGGAAGUAUUUUCGGAGGUUGUGAGACUUAAAAUGGAAAACACUGAAGAGGCUAAGUCUCGCAUAAAAGAAACACGUGUCAAUGGGUCGCUUGCAUUGGUGUUGUUAAAGAAACUAAAUCGCCUUGAUAAAGUACGCAUUCGAGACGGACGGACUGCCUUGCACAAAGAGAAAUUACGAGUGGAUAGUAAUCGGUUGCAGUUACAAAAUCUGUUAUAUGAAGAAGAACAUUUAAAACGAGAAAUUCAGCAAUGCUAUCUCUUUAAAAGCCAAGAUGAAGAGAUAGAUCUUAUUCCGGUGAAUGAGUUUUAUCAAAACGCGCCAGAAGCGGUUUCUCGACCAACGACGACCAGAUAUGAUGAUCACGCAAAGCGAAUAGCCCGUCUUGAAUGGGAACUACAACAACGCAAAGAGCUGGAUUCUCAUUUAAAAGAAUUAAAAACUUUGAAGGAAACCGUAGAGAAAGAUAUUGUGGCUUAUUCCAAACGCCUUGACUCCCUAAGUCCGCGUUUGCGAGAUCUAAUUGUAGCCACAAGGCCACUGCAGGAAGCACUUGAAAUGCCCUUCGAGAAAGGAUGGGAAAUACAGAAAAAUGUUAGACUUUUGGCUCCGCCUCUAUAUGUGUUGUACGCCAAUGCGGUUGCAUACAGCGAAACAUGCGACAAUCUGCUAUCAACUAUGAUUCACGGUGACGAAGAGGAAGCGAAGCAAAUGGAGUCGUUGCUUCCGUUUGAAUUUAGUAUUCACCAUCGAGUUGAUCCCUCCAAUCGUGAUCGAGCCGAUUCGGAUAAUGACGACAACGAUCAAGAUCUGGAUACAGGAGCGAAAAAGCGCCAUCGUGACCAACCAAAAACCAAUCUUGCAGAACAGAGACGAGAAACCCUAUUGACGGCCUAUCCAUUGCGCGUGACUGUAACAGUACGUGCAAAAGAGAAAAAUAUGUCUACUCAUGAGAAGCUCCCUGGACUUGCCAUAACUUUUAAUUAUCUUCCUAAUAUCAAUAUUAUUACAAUCAAUUGCUCACUCAUUGAUUUGGAAAUUGCUGGAACUGCCACAUGCGAUAUCCUCUCGAUGGAUACAAUACUAAGCGAAUUAUUUUCCAACGAUACUGGUCUAGAAAGCCCAAAUCCUAUGACAAACUAUCAGCUUCAAGCAAUACUGGAAGACGCGGAUCUAUUUAUUAGUCUUUUGAAAAAAAAUGGAUUGGGUAAACCGUAUCGUUGGGCACAAGAUCUUUGUGGGUUAGAGUUUAUAUCCGCUCCAAACAACAGAUCUUUUAUGCAAUCUUUUGAAAAAAAGUUUAAAGCAGAUUGUAAUAAAAAAACUAUAACUUCUAUCUUACGCAAAAUUCGUGCUCGAUGGGAAGCAAGGUUACAACUUUACAAGCAAAUUUACGAAAUAGAAAGCAAAUCAUUUGAUACAUCUAUAAACAAUGAACAUGGCCACCCGAUACGCAUAUCAAGCACCUUUCUCCAGUGGAUUUCAAUAACCUUAGAAGAUUACGUUGCGUCUGGCGUUUCGUCAAAUUUCCUAGAAAAUGGAAUAGCAUUCGCAGGAGAUUUAUUCUUUAGAGCAAUUGUAGUAAGAGGAUCAGCAAAACUGGAAAGUUAUAUUUGUAUCCCAUGCCGCUAUCCUGAAACGACUCCCAUUUGGUCUUUUUCGCUUUACUGGAACGGAAAGCACACUGCUGCUAGCGACAGCUCCGUAAGGGAUAUGGAAUACUGGUGCAACAAUACACCUGUUACAAACAAUAUGGCACUGAUGUUACAGACACAGCUAAAACGCGCCAUGUCUUGUUUGGAUAUUUUCUUAGAAACCGAAGGCCCGUAUUGCAUACCUGUUGAAUUUAAACAAGAUAAGAGCUUUCUUAAACCCUUCCGAGGUCGACCACGAACGAAGCCUUUUCGCAUUGCACCAAACGGAAGUACUUCUUUAUUUACGCAAAUUUAACAAUCAUUUAUUUCAUAUUAAAUUAGAGUAUUAUAAAUACAAACAUUGCCCAUGGGCAAACAUUUA